CGAACCAGAGCUUGUUUGCAACCUUCUCUGUACUUCACCGCGGGCAGUCUCCGCACCACCUCGAGUUGCUCUCCCCAAAGGCUCUAAAAGAUAUCACGCCGUAAACAUGGAUAUUGUUCUGCAGGCGCAGUUCCAGCGUGUGGAAGCUGCAUUGAGCACCCUCGUCGACUCCAUUGCCUCCUACAACCCGAAUCUCCAGGCAGCAGUCGACCUUGUCGCAGCCGAUGACGAGCUCGGCAAGGGGCUCGAGCAACUCGCACACCACCAAGUCAACCACGCCCGCAUCCUCUCCCUGCGCAACGAAGUCGAUACCCUCGAAGCCCAGCUCAAGACAUCAAUAUCUACCCUCGCUGACCUCCGCUGUGGGCUCUUGGAUACCCCCGCUACCACUGUCCCCGAAUCCUCAAAGCCUGUGCCCUUUGGCGAGCUGCUCCGCUAUGCGAGGAAUAUCUCCCGAUAUACUGUUCCUCCAACCUACCGUGAGCCAAUUCCCAAGGGAGACUCAGACGUGGAGAAAGAAAAGGAUAAGGAAGAGACAGCCUCCGGGAGCGUCCCUUCUAAUGGCUUAGGCAGCCCCAUAAAAGCAGGCAAUCUCGUGCCCACAGACCAGGCAGCUAAAGACACAACCGUAAGCGGGGAAGAGCACAAACAAGUCACUGCCGAACAAGCCGAAUGGCUCACAAGACUUCAUGAAAGCGGCGUCCAGUGGGUACCGUGGCCAAGUCACGAAAAGAUUCGGGCCGGUGGUUUGAUGGCCAUCCAGCAUAUGGUAGACCGUGGUCUAGAUCCGACGACGCGCCUACUGCCUGCAGAACAAGAAGCUGAGGAUAAAAGGAAACAGGAAGAGGCGGUCCUGAUUCCGGUGCCGGAGGAGUCAAACUCAAGGAUGUCGCCACGGAGCCAGGAUUCCUUACCGCUGCGAACGAGGUCAAAAACGUCGUCAUUUACCAUGGACAAUCGUGAGUAUCUUAGGAUCGCCACAGGUACUAAUGGCAGCAAUGUCACCGUCGAAGCGGCAAUUAGAAGGAUCGUUAAUGAUCCAACGACCGUACUGAUUGUGGUAGACUUUCUCAAUGCGCCAUGCUGUAUGAAUGAGAGUCUUAAGACCUACUCCAUAUCCUGCCCAGAUUUUUUCCAGCCCCGGCUUCGAAGAUCCGGCAAUCAAGUUAUGGACUACCCAAUGAGAAGCAGCAAAUACUCCUGUGAGACCUGCACCGAGAAUUGCAAUCCUGGGUCGAGAGAGAUUAGCAAAGUCCUAGUCGAGAUCAACACUACAUUGAAGAGGCAUGAAAGUAUUCGCCUACAAAGUAUUCUGGUUAUCGAGCCCCCUUUCGAUCAAGUCUACACACAGCUCAUUAGCGAAAUUCGACAGCGCUAUCCAGGAUCCCACACGGAUGCAGAGGACAAGCUUCAACCUAUAGUCAAAGGGUUCGUAACAGAGACUCAUGAAGAAGAGCCUGGAGAUGGAGAUGACCUUGGUGGUAUUGUGCCGAGCUGGGGUAGCAUGGUGUCGUUUCUCUCAUGUUGGUUGUUGUUUUUGAGAGAUGUGGAUCCGAGCGAUUUGCUGAAGACGUACGAGCGGUUGAAUGAGUUACAAACAAGAACUAAUAGUGCUCUCUUACAUCCUACAAAAGGAAUACUCAUCCUGCCCACGUUGAUCGGAUACGCUAAGGUUUUCGCACGCGUCGCAAUUGGUCUAGACAAGCAUCCCGAGUUGAUCGCCCAUUUGGUUUCAAGUUCAUUGUCCGAAGAAGGGCAAUCGGAGACGCUUCCAGAGAAGGCAGCAAACGUUAUCCGUCAAGCCUUCAGUACCUGCCUCAAUGACCGUUAUACAGUUCCCGGUGGCGUCAAGAAUAACAGGCCCGACGGCAAAAAGAUCGGCAUUUAUAGAAUGGCAAAUCUGUGUCUCAAGAUCCUAUUCCAAUGCGAUAAACUCGACAACUGUCAGCAAAUAUUCAACAACAUUUUCAAUUCUUCGCCUCCUCUGUCAAUAUACCCAGCCUCAGAUCGCGUCACGUAUCUAUACUACCUAGGUCGCUACCAUUUUUCCAAAGAUGCAUUUUUUCCCGCACAGCUUGCUCUACAGAAAGCAUAUGAUGAUUGUAAUCGAUCACCGCAAUUCCAGCAUCAACGUCGCCUAAUCCUCAUAUAUCUCAUCACUGCCAACCUAAUUCUUGGCCGCUUUCCCAGUGAAGAAACAUAUUCACGCAUCGAAGCCGCCGGACUUCGCAAGCGCUUCGAACCCAUUACCCGAGCCAUCCGCAAAGGUGACCUAGAAAACUUCCGACGCCUCACAAGCCUCAACCACGAGUACGCACCAUGGUUUCUCCAUUUCCGCAUCUUUUAUCAGAUUGAGAAUUACUGCGAAGUUCAGGUCUGGCGCACCCUGUUCCGCAAGGUAUUUAUACACUUUGGCGAAACAGGUGCGAGCGAGCGUUCAGCACCAACUUUAGACUUGUGGAAAGUACUUGCCGCGUUUUACUUUUAUGAGAAACGGGCGCUAAUGUCGGAAUCAAUGGCUCAAGCUGACGCUGGUCCUGGAAAACGCCACAUCAGCUUCAUAUUCCAAGAGAAUACGCCUCCUUCCUCCGCGGGAUACGUUGACCCAGACUUCGACGGCCUAGACCUCAAGCCAGAGUUCCUACUUCCAGAUAUUCUUGAAAUGGAGAGUAUAGCCUCUAGCCUGAUCUCUCAGGGUUUCAUGAACGGCUUUAUCAGUCAUAAACAGAAGAGAUUUGCUAUCACGGGUGCGAGGAGGGCAGGAAGUGCUGUGAAGGCGGGAUGGCCAAACUUUUGGAAUGUUAUUGUUGGGAGGUCGAGCGAUGAGGUUAUGGGUUGGAGGAAGGAUACUAUGGGGUCGGGCGGGGGUGGUUCAUUUGGACCAGGGAGAGUGGUCAGGCUUAGUGGAGUGAAGGCGGCAGGGGAAUGAUACCCUUUG